AUGCCGUCGGAGUAAGUCCUGGUGUUUUUUCUUUAUUUCGUAGCAUCGCAAUCGAUCAACUAAUGGAGGAGCUAGACGCCGAUAAGUCUGGAAAAGUGAGCGCCGGAGAGCUCAUGGCAGCCCUCAAAGGAUCUGGGAUAGACCUACAGGCAGUCCAGGACUUUAUUGCCACUAUUGACAAAGAUCAUGAUGGUCAAUUGGACAAAAACGAACUGCGAGCCUUCUUCAAAGAGCUUGGAUACUAA